AUAAUCAGUAAGAAAAAAACCCAUAAAAUGUUACUAAAUAUGGAUUGACCUUGAUCAAGGGAAAUAAUACUCGUGUCAUUUCGUGAAUUGCAAAUGGCCCAUAAAUGGCCGACCAUCUGUCGCUGGGGAAUGAUGUAUUCGUUUUCCAAGAUUUUCUUCAAUGCGAUUUCCGAAUGUCUUGGGAGCAAUUGACUGUACCCAUGUAAAAAUACAAGCACCUACAGACAAUGAAGGUGAUUAUGUCAAUCGGAAAGGAUAUCAUUCGAUUAAUGUGCAGAUGGUAUGUGAUGCUGACUACCAAUUUACAAACUGUGUUGCUGAAUGGCCCGGCUGUGUUCAUGAUGCAAGAGUGUUUCGCAAUAGUAGGCUGAGAGAUGCAAUGGAAAAUGGACAGUAUAAUGGUCUUCUGGUUGGAGACUCAGCCUAUCCUUGCAGACCUUUUCUUAUGACGCCGUUCAACCAGCCAGCCAGUGAAAAAGAAAGAAGAUUCAACAAUUCUCUUUGUCGAGCACGUGUUUUUAUAGAGCAAAGUUUUGGAAUUUUGAAGAGACGGUUUCCUUGUCUUCAGGUUGGUUUACGUAUGUCACCAGAGAGGGCAGCACUUGUAACAUUGGCUUGUGUUGUCCUCCAUAACAUUGCAAUGUUGUUGAAUGAGCCACUGGAUGACAGUACUGAAGAGCCUGACCUUGGAAAUGAUGCCAGUAAUGUCUUGCUUCCAGACCGUAAUGAUGGGGCAGGCAUUCGCCGCCAUUUGUGUGAAAAUUAUUUUUAAGCAUAUUAUGAAUUAUGUACUACAAGGCAGUCUGAUAGACAGCUAAAUCCCCUGCCACUGUUGUGGAUAGAGAAGCUUCAAAAGGUAAACCUUUGACCUUGAACUGUGACUUUGGCCUUGAACUGACACGGCUGACUCAUGAAUUAUGCACAUUGCUUUUAUGACGUGAUCAUUUGACCCAAGUUUAAUGAAAAUUCUUCAAGUGGUUUUAGAGAUACAGAGCUCAAUCCUUUGACCUUUAGUUGUGACCUUGACCUUGAGUUGACAUGCUGAAUCAUGAGUUCUUGGUGAGGUGACCAUUUGAUCCAAGUUUGAUGAAAAUCCUUCCAGGGGUUUAAAAGAUACAGAGUGGACACAAAAUGGAAGGCUCAAACCUUUGAUCCUAAGCUGUGACCUUGAGCUUGAGUUGGCAUGGCUGACUCUGAGUUUUGCACAUCGUAUUAAUGAUGUGGUCAUUUGACCUAAGUUUCAUAUGAAUCCUUCAAGGGGAUUAGGAGAUACAGACCGGGUACAAAAUGGAAGUCCCAAACCUUUGACCCAGAAUUGUGACCUUGACCUUGAGCCACAGUUGUCUGACUUAUGAUUUCUACACAUCGUUUUGAUAAGGUUAUCAUUUGCCUUAAGUUUCAUGAAAAUCUAUCAAGAGGUUUAGUAGAAACAGAGUGAACACAAAAUGGAAGGCUCAAACCUUUGACCCAAAGUUGUGACCUUGACUUUGAACCAGCAUGGCAAGCUCAUGAUUUGUGCACAUCAUCAUGUUGAAGGGGUGAUCGUUUGUAGGAGUCAUCCUUUAAAGUUUGAUCAAGCAUUCUCUAGUUAUAGACAAACUGACUGACUGACUAAGCAAAACACUGUAUACCCUCUUUUUAGCUCACCUGAGCAUGAAGUGCUCAAGGUGAGCUUUUGUGAUCGCCCUGUGUCCGUCAUCUUCCGUCCGUCGUCAACAAUUUUACUGUAAACACUCCGGAGGUCACAAUUUUGGCCCAGUCUUAAUGAAAAUUGGUCAGAAUGUUACCCUCAACAAAAUCUUGGACGAGUUCUAUACUGGGUCAUCUGGGGAUAAAAACUUAGUCACAAGGUCAAAUCCAAGGAAAAGCUUGUUAACACUCUAGAGGCCACAUUUAUGACUGUAUCUUCAUGAAACUUACUCAGAAUUUUAAUCUUGAUGAUUUUUAGGUCAAGGUCAAAUCUGGGUCAUGUGGAGUCAAAAACUAGGUCAUUCGGUCAAAUCAAAGAAAAAGUUACUUUACACUGUAUAGGCCACAUUCAUGGCCAUAUCUUAAUGAAACUUGGUCAGUAUAUUAAACUACAUAAACUUUAGGUCAAGAUUAAAUCUGGGUCAGGUGAGGUCAAAAACUAGGUCACCAGGUCAAAUCAAAUAUAAAGCUUGUUAACACUCUUAGAGGCCACAUUUGUGACCCAUAUCUUAAUAUAACUUGGUCAGAAUGUUUAUCUUGAUUAUCUUUAGGUCAGGUCAGGUGAGCGAUACAGGGCCUUCAUGGCUCUCUUGUUUAAAAGUGCCAUAAAAUUACAAACAUAUUAACCAUGUUUUACAAUAUUGUUUUUAAAUGACCAGUCUGAAAACAGGGAAAUCGUCUCAUUUUUACAUGGAAAUUGUCAUUUUUUUACUGAACUGUUAUUGAAUCUCAUAUCUAUAUCAUUUACUUCUCAUUUUAUCUAGUCAUAAGUAAAGGUCUGCAAGGAAACACAUAUUACUUUAGUAAUUUGAUAUAUUUUUUAAGAAUAAGGAACACUUUUUGCAAAUGUUUAUCUCUUGUAGUUUAUUGUCAAACCAUAACAUGUAAUGAAGUUGUACAAACACCUUUUUUAAAAAGAAUUCAUCUUCAGCAUGCUAACUACUACAAUUGAAAAUUAGCAUGUAUAAAUAAAGGUUUUGUAGCCGUUUCCAGUCAUGAAUCAAAGUCUUGGACAAAAUUGAGCUUAAAAGUGCUAUGUUACUCUACUGAAUAGAAGAAAUGAAACAGAUCUGAUAGUAACUUAUCUUUCUGUUUGUAGUGCCGGGAUUUAUAUACAUUGUACUUUUAAAAAAUAAAAUUUACAUUUAGCUGUAAUAUUGUUUUAUCACAUGUUUGACGUCGCGGGAGUGUAAUAAAGCCAUUAAAUAACAAGAGUUGUCUGAUGACAGCGCGCUGGACUAUUCGAAGAUAAUCAAGUGUUAAAAGUUUAAAAGCCAUAUGUCAAAUAAUUUUGACAAAACAUGGACUUGUAUGAAAACAGAACCAAUUUCAAAGUCCAAAAAGGGACAUAAUUCAGCCAAAAUAGAUGACAGAGUUAAUAUGUUCUCUUUCCUACAGAUAGAGACUAUUAUACUAAACAAGUGAUAAAAGUUUCAAAGCCAUAUGUCGAACACUUUACAAAAAAUAUGAACUUGUACAAAAAACUUAACCAAGAUUUCUAAGUCAAAAGGGGCCAUAAUUCAGCCAAAAUCCUUGAUGGAGUUAUGUACUCUUGCCUAUAACUGUACAUGGUGAUGGUAAACAGGUGUUGAAAGUUUCAAAGCUUUAUCUCAAAAGACUUUGUCAAAAUAUGAACUGGUACGAAAUAUUAACCCAGAUUUCUAAGUAAAAAAGGGCCAUAAUUCAGCCAAAAUCCUUGAUGGAGUUAUGUGCUCUUGCCUAAAACUGGACAUGGUGAAGGUAAACAAGUGUUGAAAGUUUCAAAGCUUUAUCUCAAAAGACUUUGUCUAAAUAUGAAUUGGUACGAAAAACUUAACCAUGAUUUCUAAGUCAAAAGGGGCCAUAAUUCAGCCAAAAUCCUUGAUGGAGUUAUGUGCUCUUGCCUAUAACUGGCCAUGAUGAUGGUAAACAAGUGUUGAAAGUUUCAAAGCUUUAUCUCAAAAGACUUUGUCAAAAUGUGGACUGGUACGAAAAACUUAACCAAGGUGUGACGCCAACGCCGUGGUGAGUAGGAUAGCUCUACUUAUUCUUCGAAUAGUCGAGCUAAAAAUGAUAAUACACUAGUGUAUUAAAGCUUUGACGUCGACGUCAUUUAUAGUAAAGGCGACGUCGGUCAAAUUGUCUUGUUUAUAUAGUAAAAGAAAGUCGAUUUUUUGAUGUUUCGACAAGAAAGGUUAACAUGUGAUAAAAAGAAUAUUACAUUUGUGACUUUCCAUAUUGAAUUUAUUAAACUCGUUGAAUAAAAUUGAUAAAAAUGUUCGGCAGAGCCUCGCAUUUUAUCAUUUUAUUCAACUCGUUUAAUAAAUUCAAUAUGGAAAGACACUCAUGUAAUAUCCUCUAUGUAAUUGGAAACAUUUCUCUCUUUAACCUGUGUUUCAUCAAUUGUGUAAUGGUUACAUUCAUUUGAUUUCAUGAAAAUUGUUUUAUAGUUGUUGUUGCAUUUGUAUGUCUGAUUUUUCAUAGUAGUUUUUCUGUAAAGUCAGUUAUACUGAACAGCAAAAGAAACUAUUCAGUUUUAUAACUGGUGUAUUUUUUAUUUAAAAACUUUAAUUUAUAAAUCACUUGUGUUCUUCAUAUCACAUUACAUUUGACGAAAUUCACCUGUAAAUUGAUAAUUGGCUAACUCGAAAAAUAGCAUAAAGUUAUUAAAAAUUAUUAUUGGUCGCCCCAUACAACUUCAUUGAAUUUAGUGCGAGUGCCCAAUUGGGAUGUUACAAUGCAACUGACAUGCAGAAGAUAUAGCCUUUCAAAUGGCUAUUGUGGGACUACUGACUUCUCGGUUGAUUGAAGUGAAAUUUUGGUAUGAAGAAAUUCAAAUUUAAAAAAUUAUUUUUUUUAUUUCAAAAUAUACCAGUUAUACAUCUGGAUAGUUUCUUUUGCUGUUCAGUAUAUUUUGGAAUUCAUUUUUUAUUAUUUUCAUAUGAAAUUGUUUCUACUUCAUUGUCAUAUAAAAUUUUACAGUAAAUACUUUUUGCAGUCUGUCCUAGCAGGAAAGUCUGUACAGUGUUAUCAAACAUAGAGAAAAUUCAAUUCAAAAUUGUUCAAGCAUACCUAACACACAAACCAAUAGAAAUGCAAGAAACUUGUAGGAGGCAAGAUAAAUACAUAUACUUUCUAUCAUUGUGUUAAUAUUCUAUCAUUUUGCAAACAUUUAUCAUAUAAAUGCUGGUUUCACUUGAAUAUUGAAUCUGAAUACAUAUACUUUGGAAAAAAAAACAAUUUCGCAGAAACUGAAAACAAUAAAUGGUUUGUUACUAUAUA